AUGCGCGAACUCAAGCAAAUGAAUACGGGCUCAAGGAUUGUCCAGAUGCUCGAGUAUACAGGCAACGUUGUACUGUUCAAUACAGUCAUGCUGGGACUUGCUGCUUGUCACUGGAUAGCGUGUGGGUAUAUGGCUGUUGCACAUCUGGAGUGUGGUAUCGACUUCAUGCUCUGUAGCAAAGCUCGCACUGUACUAACCACAAUACCUGGAGCUGGAGCACAUGGUGUUCCGAAAGGGAUUGCAAAGGUCUCACCGACUGGAGACGGGUCUGGAUAUACGUGCUGGGCUAUCGAAGACUAUCUGGUGGGCACAAAUGUCGGUCGACAAUACGGUCGUGCAGUGUAUUGGGCUUCCCGUUCUGUGGUUACUGCAGGCUUCUACGACGUCGCAGCGACUACAAAUGUUGAGACUCUUUACGCGAUUUUCGCUCAAGUUAUUGGUGCCAUCUUCAGCACUGCAGUUCUCGCUACAUUCCUCUUUAUUUUCCGGUAUAGAAACGCUCGGAUGCAGGAGUUUAUGGCCCAUGUGGACAGUGCAAAGGAGUACAUGCGAGUUCGACAUUUUCCCGAAAAUGUACGUGAAGGAGUUCUCGGGUACUACAAAAACACAUGGGCUACUCAUCAUGCAUUAUAUCAUGAUGAGGCGAUCGAGCGGCUACCAGGACACUUAAAAGUGAGUGUAUACAGUGUUUUAAAGGCUAAGCGGAUCCAGGACGUCGCCUUUCUGUCGAAAGAGAGCAUCGAAUUUAUCAACACGUUGGCAUUACGAAUCGAAUAUUGUGUCUAUUCUCCUAAAGACUGGAUUAUCGAGAAACUACCCGAUGGAAUGUAUUUUGUGCUACGUGGAAGCGUCCAACUCGACGGUCCUAGACACCCACAGACUGCUUUUGCUAAGGCUGGGGGCCAUUUUGCAGAAGGUUCUUUACUCUUUCCAACUCGAUCGGAGGAACGUGCGAGAGCUCAGACUUAUUGCGAUCUGUACAAACUCCCACAACGCAGUUUUAACAAGACUUUAGCUGUGUUUUAUCGCGAAAAUGCACAUCAACACUUGGAAGAAAUGCGAUCCAUGCACGCUCGACAUGAUCAACAAGAGCAGAAAAUGAAGAAAAUGCUCGGUCGAUCGGCUGAUAAUGCAGAGACCAAUGUAAAUGCCAACAACAGCGGUGGCCGAUAUAGCGUCACGUAUGGUAAUGAUGUGCGUAGUGUUAAGCGGCCACGGAUUCCGUGGCGUAUGCCUGGCUCUAGUUUCCGAAAAUAUUGGGAGCAUGCGCGCUUAUUUUCGCUGGUUUUCGUGGUAUUUGAGGUCCCGUUGUACUGCGUUUUCGACGCUGAUACUUUCCCAUUUGGUGCCAAGUCAAAGUACUCGCUUCAAUCCUUAACAUCCAUCUUCGUUGAGGCUUUUUUUGUCGUAGAUUUUGUGCUUCGAGCACGAUUUUUCGCGUAUGUAGACCAACUUGCACUCAUUACAGUGAGUGAUCCAAGUUACAUCCUUGAAGCUUAUCGAGAGAACGGUUUAUGGUUUGAUUUACUAGCGAUUGUCCCGUUACCACUGGUGGUCGAAUUUGUAGUACAUCGCGGUCAUGGAUGGACAAUGUGGCUCCAGAUUAGUAGACUUAUCCGGCUGUUGCGUGCCCGAUACCUACAACAAACUAUCCAGGAAUUUAGCCACAUUCGAGGCCUCUCGUCGAAAAUGCAGCAAGCAGGAACAAUGCUGUUGUACGUGACUUUAACGAUCCAUGUGGCUGGUUGUUUAUGGUUUCUUAUGGCUCGUUUCAGUGUCUUGGAAACCGAAUUUGAACCUAUACUAGAGGAAUACACACGUGAUCGCUGCUUACGAGACGCUGGACUUCACGGGAACUGCUCAUGGACAGUGUACGACGCGUAUGGCCAAAUUGGUACAACCUUUAAAGUACAAGAUCCGGAACAUUCCAUUUACACUAUCACAAUGGCCUAUAUGCGCUCCAUUUACUGGGCUAUCGUUGCACUCACUACUGUUGGCUACGGUGACAUUGUGGCUUUUUCAACUUUCGAAAGUUAUUUUGCAGCUGUAUGGGUUUUUAUCGGAGGUAUCAUAAAUUACGGGGUCGUGGGUGCUAUGUCAAAUAUCAUAUCGAAUCUUACAGCCAGUAGCCACCACCAUUCCGAGAAAAUGAACUCCGUGAACGUAACUUUGGGGCAUUUCCGGAUAUCUGAAAGUGUACGAGUGCGAAUCCGUCAGUUCUAUCACCAACAAAUGUACGAACAAAAAGUGACGUCGGAAGUGCAGCUUCUUGAUGGUUUACCGGCCCAACUACGUCAUAGAAUCUCAAGUAUCCUUCACGCUGAGUCUGUACGUAAGGUUCCGAUCUUUGUCGAUGCUCAGAACGAACGUCUACUGUAUGAACUCACGGGGCUAUUUCGACGCCAAUUAUUCCAACGAGGUGACCCUUUUUUUGCGGAGGGAACAUUAUGCGAAGAAAUGUAUGUCGUUGUGAAUGGACGCGCCAAUAUUUUCAGCAAAAGAGUCGGUACUUUACCGGUGGGAGCAUUAUCAGCUGGCGAUUGCUUUGGAGUUUGCGAGCUUUUACUGCGGAAAAGUUUUAACACGACAGUCGUCGCAGCUAGUGUCGUGGAUGCUUCUGUCAUCACAUAUUCGGCUUUUGUUGCAAAGAUUGAAGGUCAUUUUCCCGCUGAGAUGGAAAGUUUGCGUUUGCAAGCUACGCAACAGCAUAUUUUCGACACUUUGACGCUCGAAGCAGUGAUCGAUAACAUCAAAUCGAGGUCGACACUGAUGAAAUUUACGGAGAAAUGCACGAGCAUGUUCGAGGAGAAGGAGAACUGGGGUCAACACAAAAACAAGAUGCGCAUUCGACUCUAUUGGGACUUGAUCGUACUAAUUCUGGACGUGUAUAAUGCCUUCCAAGUCACGUUUCGGAUUGGAUUUCUGGCGCAUCCUUCAAGUGGUACGAGAGUUUUUCUUGUCGUCUCGGAUUUUGUAGGUGACGCAUUCUUAUUGGCAGAUAUUUACCUUAAGCUUUACUACUUCGAGUGUGAAGGUGCUGGACUGAUGAACCUAAUUUAUCGAGAGGAGCGUAGUGAGACCUACAAGGGUCACGAAUUACGCGGUGAUUUACUGAGUAGUCUUCCUCUUUACUAUGUGGGGAGUAGCUUUCUGGCUAUGAGUUUAUGUCGACUACCGAGAUUACUUCGACUUCACCAGGUUCCAUCGAUGAUCGACUCGCUUAUCAUGCGCAUACAGCAACGUUUUUCAGCUGGAGGGAAUAUUUCAGCGUAUUUGAGUCCUAUCAAACUCGUGCUUAUUUUACUCUUCACGGGCCAUCUGGCUGCUUGUGUGUUUUACCUCAUCUGUCAUACCGAUCAUAACCACAAGAACUGGACGCACCACGACCCGAUCGUGGUUAUGGAGCAUGAAUCGACUGGUGUGCUUUAUCUUCGUGCUUUCUACUGGGCAUUGACAACAUUGACACUUGUAGGGUCAAGAGAGAUUGUGCCACUAGGAUUGCCUGGAACGAUCUGGGCUACAUUCACGUGUCUGUGUUGCGCGUUCAUUGUGGGUCAUAUCGUGGGAGAACUCUCAGAACUUAUUUUGGAGAUGGAUGCAACUAAAAAGGAACUUAAAGAACGUGAGUCCCAUUUCGACCAAUUCGCUAAAGACCACGAUUUACCGUCCAGUAUUUGCACCCGUGUGCAACAUUACCUCAAGUUUCAACAUCAUUAUCUCAAGGGUAUGGAUAUCUACGCCACUUUCAGUGAUUUAUCGCCAAAUUUACGUGUACAAUUGAUGAUGGAUCUCCAUGGAACUACUUUACAGAAUCUUUGUAUCGCCCCAUUUCUGAAUCAAACCCAGAUUAAUGGACUGGCCAUGCGACUUAAAUCAGAGCUUUACAUUCCCGGGGAUACAAUUAUCGUCGAGGGGGAUUUAGGACACAAAUUGUACAUUGUCAAAGGUGGAACGGGGAUGGUACUGUGGAAAUCCACUGGUACAGCCGUAGCCACUCUUACUGCCGGUAGUUUAUUUGGAGAAGUGGCUUUUUUUCUUCGGGGACAGCGACGAAUUGCGUCGGUACAAGCAACCACUUGCAGUGAAUUACUGGUAUUAGGACGUCGUUCAUGGGAAGAAUUACUGGCUUCAAGUGCUCGCGAAGAAGCUGAAAGCACCGAGCGGGCACUGAUCCAAUGGGUACAGUACUGUCUUAAAGGAUACAACAUCAUGACAGUGGAAAUUGUGAAAGAUAUUAAAUCUGGGGAUACUGGAACUUCCAAGACACCCAAAAAUAUUGAGGAACUUCGAGAACUCAACGCGAUGAAGAUGCAUGAUACAGAUAACGCUCCAGUGAUAGAUCCACUCAGAUAUGUAUCAGCGACAACACUUGAAGAGAGAAAAGUGCGUCAAUUAUUACGAAAAACAGCAGGAUAUGGUGGUAAAAACAAAGCCGAGUUUGCUGCCCCAAGUAUCUUGACAAUAGUUUUCCGCUGGGUACGAGACAAUAUCCUUCCAAGUGGACGGAAAGCAGCCAAACUCGGACGAGUGUACGCUGAUAACUCAGACUUCGAUGCUCGAAAUGAGCCCGUCACCACAUCUACGAGUGGUACCCGUCGUCUCUUUGCAUGGCACACGCCCAGAAACACCACUUCCGGGCUCUCUCUUCAUAAAAUGAAGUCUUUUAAGAACGGAACGGCAGUGCAAAUCAACCCCGUGAGUCGCAGUAUGCGCGAAUAUUAUCGAGACGAACAACUUGUCGAGAUGGAAGAGGAGUGUUGGCGUCGCUAUAAAGUCUCGCUGUUCAUGGCUGACGCGUUUACAGGCGAAGUAAUCAAACAAUCCCCAGCAGUAACACCUGUAUCUCCGCAGCUACUAGUACAGCCUCAACCUCAAGCAAACAUAAUACUUUCGCAAAAUACAUCAAGAAACGAGGAAGACAGCACGCCAACAGCUUCCAAAGCGGAAACAAAAAUUCGAGUAUCCCGCAAAACUUUCUGUGGUGCAAUGCUACCCGGUGCGAGUCCUCAACGUGCCACACGCACCUUAGUAACUACCGACGGUAUGCGCUUCCUUGAGAACUACGAGUCCCGAAAUCGUCCCAGUGAACGUGGUCUGAGUAGAAAACGUCGUCCUAGAGGCAGCAUCCACGGACACGAAUUGCACCAGUCUUUUGGGAUCACAAAUUUACCCUCUGGAGCCGCACGAGCGCAUCGUCGACAGCGCAAGCUGAAGCGAAGCCAGUCUCUUCCUCUUUUUGAUCGCCAUUUCGCUCAUAUGAUCCGAGAAGAACUGCAAGAUUCGAACGCUAAGGAGUCGGAAAGUAAGUUAAAUCUGGGCUUCGAGUUGCUCCAGAGAUGCCGACAACCUGAAUUUUCGUCCCUUUUUCGAAUUUAUUUAACGUGGCUGAAGCAUGAAAAGCGCUGGAGUCAAUGGUACAGCCAGCAAACUGAGCGAUUCACCUGGCUGCGUAGUUUUUCAUCGUCUAGCUCAGCCAGCGAAAAUUCUCGAACAAUGUCAUUUUUCGACUCUGGGCAUGACAGAACCGCGUCGACGUCUUCGCUGCCCGAUAGAAGCACGUCAAGUAAAGCUGAAGACUUCGUGAACCUUUUGUCUCGAUGCUAUCGACUGUGGGAGUGGGUGGUGGUUUUUGUUGGACUUUUCUACGCCGUGACGAUCCCAUUCUUUGUGUGCUUCGCGUCGGACCUUGAGACGUUCCAUGAAGACCACGAAGACGAGAUUGCAUUGGCACAUUGGGAACGUAUUGUAAUUUGUGUCGAUUUAGUCUGCAUAGCAGACUUCUUACUCAAGCAUUCGGCCUUCCGACGGGUCCUUGCGCUCAGUGACGGAGGCAGUACGGACGUUCCUACAGCUGCCCCACAACCUUUGGCUCCACCUCCAUUGACGUCGAUGCGUAGUACAAAAUCGUUGGUAUCAACUGCACCGCUACCAACGAUACAGAAACGAAAGAGUUGGUGGAAACAGCAUGUGAAUACCCACUUAUGGCUCGAUAUCAUGACUUCUUUACCCUUCGAUAUAUUGCUGUAUAUUCCGCCACUGUCGAAGUCGUCUAUGACGGAUCAUCGCUGGUUCUAUCUAUCGCUGUUUCAACUGAAUAAAAUACCGCGCAUUUUGGAAUCUAUUGAAGCGAGCGAAAGAUUAACUCAAUUCCUGGCUGUGGAUCUGAAUUUACCGAUAGGUGAGAGUCGAUUGCACUUUAUCCGAACAGUUUGUGUGUACCUUCUUUCAGGGCAUUGGAUCGGUUGUUUAUGGUUUCGAUUGGGUUUACAUGCGUAUCAUUUCUACGGAGAUUCCUGGCUUUCCACCUAUAAGAUGUUGGCCGUAGAUUACUUCGGGGAGCUUAGUGAGAUCCCCACUUCUCGACGAUAUCUUCGCUCUCUGCACUUCGCUAUCGGCUCGAUUACUACUGUUUUUUACGGCGAUGUCGUGAGUAUGAAUGCGAUUGAAACAGUAGUCGAAAUCGCCUUUAUCGUCGUGUGUAUCUUGAUCUUCGGUGUGUUGGUUGGAGCGCAAGGCGAGAUGAUUGAAGCCAACUACAAGCACAAGAUGCUGUUCGAACAGAAUUUGAUGGAACUGUAUCAUUUCUUAAAGAAUAACGACGUGCCACGUGACGUUCGACAGCGAUUACGGCUCUACUAUACGAAUACAUGGCUAAAAUACCACGGCCACGACGAUUUAGAAGGUGUACGGGGCCUUUCGACGCUGCUGGUCGAGGAUAUCGCUCAGUAUACUCUUCGAAGUUUUGCCAAUCGUGUAUCCAUUCUCAAGAGCUGUGACGAGAGCUUCUUGCGUUCCUUGUUGACGUGUUUAAAACACAUUAUCUGCUCGUCAUCUGAAGCGGUGGUACGUAAAGGUGAUGUCGAUCGAAGCAUGUAUUUUAUCGCGAAAGGUAAAAUACUCGUCCAAGGCCCCGGGUUUGAACUGGUUAAGCAAGAAGGAGAUUUUUUCGGCGAAUUGUCGCUAUUGUAUGGCAUUCCUCGGUCUGCUACGUGCUCGUCAUUGGGUGUUUCGCUGCUCUACGUGUUGGAGUGGGAGACAUACGAGAGGCUGCUGGCGGACUACCCGGAAUACCGUGAGCAGAACCGACGAGAAUGGGUUAUUGUGAGCACUGUGUUGAAGACUGGGGAGUCACGCUUCCGCUCUAUCAUUGACAUUGUAGCACGCAUGGAAAAGGCCGACUGGGUGCUUGUGGAUCAGAUUAUCCGUAAGGCUAAGAGUCUCAAGUAG